AUGGAAUGUCUAAUUAAAAAGAUUAAAGAAAUAUUUCAAAUUUCAAUUCAAAAAUGUUUUCCAACAAUUAACGAAGAUGUAGUUGUAACUUACGCCAAUGCAAAAUUUGGGCAUUAUCAAUGUAAUAAUGCAAUAAAUAUAUUUAAAAAAUAUGGAAAAAGUUUAAAUUAUGAAAAUGCUCAUAAAAUAUCUUUAACUAUAAUUGAAAAUAUAAAUGAGAAAAUUUUUGAGGAAAUAAAAUCUUCUCCUCAAGGUUUUAUAACAGUAAAAUUAUCAAAAGAAUAUAUUGAAAAAUCCUUAUUAAAAUUAUUUAAAGAUAAUAAAAUUAAUAUAAAAUUAAAUAUAAAUGAUGUUAAAGAUGAUAAUGAAAAUUAUGGAAAUGUUUUAGUUGAUUUUUCUUCGCCAAAUAUAGCAAAAGAAAUGCACGUUGGUCAUUUAAGAUCAACAAUAUUGGGUGAUAGUAUAUGUAAAAUAUUUGAAUUUCUAAAUGUAAAUACGAAAAGAAUUAAUCACAUAGGUGAUUGGGGUACUCAAUUUGGAAUGAUAAUAAAUUAUAUAUCUUUAAAUUAUCCUAAUUUUAAAAAAGAAAUGCCACAAUUAAAUGAUUUAACAGGUUUAUAUCAAGAAGCAAAAAAAAUGUAUGAUUCUGAUAAAGAAUUUGAAAAAGAAUCGAAGGAAUAUGCUAUCAAAUUACAAAAUAACAAUGAAGAUUGUAAAUUAAUAUGGAAUAAAUUGUGUGAAAGUAGUAAGAGAGAAUUUGAUAAAAUAUAUAAAAUUUUAGACAUUAAAAUAGAACACGUUGGUGAAUCAUAUUAUGUGCCUAUGAUACCUGAUGUUUUGGAUAAAUUAAAAGAAAAAAAUUUACUAACAUAUAUUGGUGAUGCUCUAUGUUAUAAAUCUGAAAAUUUUAAUGUUCCUUUAUUUCUUCAAAAAUCUAAUGGUAGCUAUGGUUAUGAUUCUACUGAUAUUGCAGCUAUUUAUUAUAGACUAAAAAAAUUAAAUUGUAAUUGUAUAAUUUAUGUUACUGAUAAUGGUCAGCUAACUCAUUUCGAAACAUUAUUUGAAUUAACUAAAAAAACUGAUUGGGUAAGUAAUAAUACAAAGUUAGUUCAUGUUGGAUUUGGUUUGGUUUUAAAUGAAAAUAAUAAAAAAUUUAAAACUAGAAGUGGUACUAAUAUAAAGUUAAUUAGUCUUAUUAAUGAAGGAACUGAGAGAGCAAAAAAAGACUUGCUAGAAAGAAUCAAAUCAAAAAGUGAAGAAGAAAAAAAUUAUUUUCAAGAAAUAGAUAUAGAUAAAUUAAGUGAAGCAUUAUGUGUUAGUGCAAUAAAAUACUUUGAUAUAAAGCAACAUAGAAAUUCAGAUUAUAAAUUUUCUUAUGACAAUAUGCUAAAUGUUAAAGGAAAUACAGGAAUAUAUAUUAUAUAUGCUUAUUCACGAAUUUGCUCUAUUUUUAGAAAAUCUAGUAUAAAUGUAGAAGAAUUAUCUAAGGAAGAAAUAAAUUUAGUUAAUAAUUAUGAAAUAAACUUAGGGUUACAUAUUUUAAAGUUUCCAGAUGUAUUUUAUUAUAUUUUAAAAAAUAUGCUAAUUCAUAAGCUGGCUGAAUACACAUAUGACCUAACGACUAUAUUUACAUCAUUCUAUGAAAAUUGCAAAGUUUUAAAUAGUGAAAAUGAAAAGACUAGAUUACUUUUAUGUUCUAUAACCAAAUCUUUAUUAUAUAUUUGUCUUCAAUUAAUGGGAAUGAAGCCAAUAGAAAAAUUAUGA